ACACAGGGACACACCCACAGGGACAGGGACAUGGCGCCGCUCCUCCUCCUCUGGGUCUGUGCAGCCGCGGAGCUGAUCCUCACAGUGCUUGGAACAUUGGAGCCGCCAAUAAAUGCAAAGAUUCACGCUCUAAACUUUAAAUACCUCCUCAAAUGGGAAUAUGGACAGAGAAGUAACGAAGGCAACUGCAGUGUGACCUUUACAGUCCAGAGCAGAAGUAAGACAGUGAACAUGUGGAGCAAUGUGCCGAAUUGUGAAAACAUCUGCCUCGCAGAAUGUGACUGGACUCCCCUGAACAUUUACUUCUUUGUAACUUACUUCCUGCGAGUUCAAGCGCACCAAGGGAAUCAGACAUCACCCUGGUUGAACACCAAAGCUUUUGCUACAUACAAACACAUUCAGAUUGGUCCUCCUGGGGUCAAGUUGAAAUCAAAACACAGUUCGCUUAUUGUCAACAUUACUGCUCCCCAAACCACAAAUGAAUCAUUCUUCAGGUUCAACUGUAAUGAAUACAAAAUAUCAUACUGGAAAUUCAUGCAGCAAGAAAACAAGAAAUCGAUAAUCAGUACUUCUUCACUGGUGUCAAUCCCAAACCUCAAACUUUGGACUGUCUAUUGCUUGGAAGUUCAGGGAUUUUGCCCUCUACUUAACAUCACUUACCAUUCGAGUUCAGUGACAUGUGAAAAAAUCGUGGGUCUCAUUCCAUUGUGGGUAACAUUUAUAACGUUCAUAAUUUCACUGGUUGUUGUUUUUGUUGUGGCAACUGGAACCUUCUUAUGUGUAUAUUGGACGUAUAGAGGCGUAAAACACAUCUUCUUUCCAUCUUACAAUUUGCCGGAACAUAUUCAAGAGUAUUUCAGUGAACUUGCCCAGAACGUCCCUAUUCUUGUUCCGGGAUCAGAGGAAGGUGCGGAGGAAUGCUGUGACUACUUCAAAGUUGUUCUUGCAACUGAAAGCUUGGGUUCCUAUUCGGGCUUUUCAGUCCUAAACAUCGACGACUCAGGGACGCUCAGCAGAGAUACCACCGCAGAUUCUGGAUGCUUUUUUAAUGAGGGGGAAAGCUGUAGAAGUACAUCCACAAGAGCUUCUGAAGGAAAGACUUAAAACCUUAUUUGGAACCAGAUCCAAAUAUUGUGCUUGUGAAUACUAUUUUUAGAUAGUGAUGAAGCUUCAGAGUGUCUGGUGAUCAAGUUGAUUGGUCCUACAUGUUGCUAUUAUUAUAAUAAUAAUAGUAAUCCAAUUGCAAUCAAU